AUGCAGAAUUGCUCUUUGGCAGCCCUUUUCACAUCUGUUGCCACAGUUUUCCGAGACCUAGGUUGUCCCAGCGGUGCUGUGAUAUGUGGGAUGAACAUCUCUUGGGUGUUGGCGAAUGCCACGGAAGAAGACGUAGAAAUGAUGUGCUUGAGCGAGGAGGAGUACCUCAUCAGGAAAAUGGGCCCCCCAAAAUCUACCAAGUUCCUCCCCAUCUGCAUCACCUACAUCCUCAUCUUUACGGUGGGGGUUCUGGGCAACGCCCUGACCUGUGCGGUCAUUUUGCGCUACAGGGUGAUGCAGACCCCCACCAACUACUAUCUGCUGAGCCUGGCCAUGUCGGACCUGCUGGUCCUGCUUCUGGGCAUGCCGCUGGAGCUCUACGAGAUGCAGCAGAACUACCCCUUCCUGCUCGGGGAGGGGGGCUGCUACUUCAAGAUCUUCCUGUUCGAGACCGUCUGCUUUGCCUCAAUCCUCAAUGUCACGGCGCUCAGCGUGGAGCGCUACGUGGCGGUCAUGCACCCCCUCAAAGUCAAAUUUAUGACCACGCGCACUCACGUCAAGAAGGUCAUCUUCAUGUUGUGGGGGCUGUCCAUGCUGUGUGCCGUGCCCAACACCAGCGUGCACGGGAUUUGCACGCUGGAUCCGUGGUUUGGGCGGGAGUUUCCUCAAUCUGCCAUCUGCCAUGUAAAGUCCAGAAGGAUAUACAACCUGAUCAUCCUGAUCUCCACUGUGGCCUUCUUCAUGCUCCCCAUGUUGAUCAUUAGCAUUCUUUACCUGCUCAUUGGAUUGCAGCUGCGCCGAGAGAAGGUGAUGACCCUGCUUGGUACCGACCGCAGCUUCGGGCCGGAGAGCGUCUCCAGGUCCCACAGGCAAAGGCUCAACAAGCGCAACGUUCAAGUCACCAAAAUGCUCUGCGUGUUGGUGGGCGUCUUUGGCCUGUGCUGGGCCCCGUUCCACGUGGACCGCUUGAUGUGGAGCUGCAUCGAAAACUGGUCUCCGCAGUAUCACCUGAUCUUUGAGAACGUCCACAUCGUCUCCGGGGUUUUCUUCUACCUGAGCUCCGCAGUCAACCCCAUCCUCUACAACCUCAUGUCCACAAAGUUCAGAGAAAUGUUCAGUCUCGUCACGUGCUGCUCCAAAGGCAGGCAAGGUCGCUCCAGUUUAAAAAUGAUCCAACACAGCACCUUUACUGAGAAAAUGCCCAACAGUAAGAAAUGGACUUAA